AUGGCGUUCCGCGAUUAUCUUCCUCCGGGCUACAAGUUCAGGCCUGACACAGAACAACUACUUGUUCAUUAUCUUCGUCCCAAACUCGACGGAGAAGAUUUCCCACAAGGGCUUGUUCCUUUCUGCGAUCUCUACGGAGAUCAAGAACCAUGGCAGAUAUGGGAUGAGUAUUUCAAAAAGCUAUCAGAGAAAGACCAAGAAAGGACAGACCUUUACUUCAUCACCAAGCACAAGAUGAAGACUCCAAAGGGCAAACGAAAAAGCCGAUCCGUUGGCAAAGGCACCUGGAAAGGCGAUGACGCUGCAGAGAAAGUACUUUCGGCUUCGCGAACGGUUAUCGGCAAGAGAAAAAGGUUUCAUUACGAAGACAAGGGCACGGUGCAAAACGGUCGCUGGCUCAUGCACGAGUUUGAGCUUGAUUCGUCUUUAUUGAGGAACAAACGUAAAGCGAAGGACUACGUUCUUUGUAUUCUUAGAAAGAACACUAGGCCGGUGAAAAAGAAUUCAGAGCAAGAUCAAGAAGAAGAUGAGAUGAAUCACGAAGUUGGUGAUGAUCAGCAAGACGGAGGCCUUCCUGAACCUGAGAUCGCUAAAGAACAGACCAGCAAUUCCGCUACUCAAGAAUCAUACGAUAUGCGAAAGUAUGCAAUAGAGAUGGAGGCAUACCAAAAGAUACAGAUUAUGAAAAAGAAUGAUCAUACAGAUCUACAGAAACAAGACGAACGUCGAAAGUAUGCGAUGAAGAUUGAGGUAUAUCUAAAGCAACAGAUUGCUCGUGACCAGGCUAAGAGAAACAAUGAUCUUAAAGAGUCACAUAAAUUAUUGAGCUUAGAAGAGAUGGAGAACUUCCUGAUGAAUGAUGACUGA